AAAUUACGUCCAGUUUGAAUAGUGAACGGGGAACGCAACUGCGAAGUGCAGAAGCAAACGAACGAAACGAACGAACGAACAUAAACAAAACCAGUUUGACAGACAUCGUGUUCAGCGAAUGCUGUGUCGCUCGUAACUACAUCCCGCUAUUGAGAUUCAUAAUGUUUAUAAACAAAAUUGGAUCGUAAAUUUCACGUAUCAGCAAUUUUAAAGUCUAACUUUGCUAAAUACCUGUAAUCAUUACACAUAGUAUUAAUAAAUACGACAUUUUCUUGUGGAUUCGUACAUUUUAUUUAAGUGAGUAAUCUUGUAAGUUGUAGCGAGAACUGGGCAUCGUCGAUUCUUUUAGGACGGUGGAUAAAAAUGUGAAACUAAUGUGUAUUUGUUGUGAAUACUACGUGCUGAUGUGGUUGAAGGUAGAUAACUCAGAUUGAAUCAGGAACUGGCUGGAACCAUGAAGUGGCUAAUUUUGUUAUUGUUGGUGCCAUCGUGCCUGGCGCAUUUGAAUGUUUACCUCAGUGUUGCUGAAGUGAUGCGAUUGUUGGGUCUAACGGCGGAACUUUUUUACGUCCGAGACGGCCAGAUAAAUGUCUACGCUCUUAACUUCGUCGUCCCCGUACCGGCCACGAUCAACGAGCUGCACUUCACUUGGCAGAGCCUCACCAGGAAACCUUUACCUUACACUUUAAGCGCUGAAGUCAAAUCGAAUUCGGAGGCGAUGCACCCACCGACCUUUAACAUUUCGAACGAGGGCUACGUGCCGACCGAACCGCAGACGUGGCGAGUGGACUUGCCAUGUAUGCGGACGAUCGCCGCUGAAGUUGAUCUCACUAUAUCACUCAAUGUUUCGACCGGCUCGUCAUCUACGACUUUGCAUUUUCGACGGAAGAAGAUAUGUUUGAAAGAGGCCAUCCGACCUGCCGUUAGAGUAGAUAGCGUGCCGCACGCGCCUACCUCAGCGGAUAUUUUCUACGCUGGAUCCGGAUGCGCUGGAGGCAUUAUACUAAUAGCUGCAAUUGCCGCGGCGGCUUGCAGAGCACGAGCCAGAAAACUGAGACGGGCUCGCAGCGAUGAACAGGACGCUCACGCGUUCUUACCAGACUCGUCGUGCAAGUCGGCCGCCAGCUAUACCAGUUACAGGAGACCCACUUCGCUUCCAGCCGUAGCUGCUGAAGAACGAGCCAGAGAUCUACAGCAGAGGAUAGCUGAGUUAACAAUUCAACGGUGUCGAGUGAGGUUGCGUUCCGUAGCGAUGGAGGGGACGUUCGGCCGAGUCUACCGCGGGACUUAUGCUGAUGAGGAAGCACGAGAGCAAGAAGUUCUCGUAAAGACCGUCGCCGAACAUGCAUCUCAAGUACAGGUAUCGCUGCUUCUUCAAGAAGGCUGCAUGUUGUACGGACUCCAUCACGAACGUGUGCUGUCCGUUCUCGGAGUUAGCAUUGAGGACCAAACGGCUCCGUUCUUGUUGUAUCCUUGGGAUGCUGGAUGGAGAAACAUGAAGCUAUUCUUGCUGGCGUGCAGAGGAGUGACCAUUGGAGGGGCACCCGGGGGAGCACCUCCGCCGCCUCUAACGACUCAGCACGUCGUCAGGAUGGCGCUACAUGCCCUCGAUGGCUUGCUCUAUCUUCACUCUCAACACGUGCUACAUAAAGACAUCGCCGCUAGGAACUGCAUAGUGGAUGAAAAUCUGCGAGUGAUGAUAGCCGACAACGCGUUAUCGAGGGAUCUCUUCCCGGCAGACUACCAUUGCUUAGGGGAUAAUGAGAACCGGCCUAUCAAAUGGCUGGCGUUAGAAGCUUUGACGAAAAGACAGUUCAGCCCGGCGGCGGACGUCUGGGCUUUAGGGGUGCUUCUGUGGGAGUUAACAACGUUGGCUCACCAACCUUACGCGGAGGUCGAUCCCUUUGAGGUGGCUGCGUAUUUAAGAGACGGAUACCGGUUGCAACAGCCGGCGAACUGUCCUGAUGAAUUGUUUGCUGUGAUGGCGUACUGCUGGGCAAUGUCACCAGACGACCGGCCCACUCUCCCUCAGCUGCAGAUCUUCCUUCGAGACUUCCACACGCAAUUAACGAGAUUCGUUUAGGCGUUGCAAAAUCCAAAGACUUAAGUGAAGUGUAGUGUGUAGUUAAAGAGGCCUUAAUAUGACGAGUGUGGACGUUCAAGAGACUGAAAUUAUAAGUGAGUUUUUUUUUUUUUUAAUUAUUUAGGAAAUCAAUAAUGAAUCGUUAUGUAUUUGGAUAGAUAUGGAAGUAAUUUUGAGUUGUAUGUUUUUUUUUUCUAUUAUGUAGAAAAUUCUUGGUUUGAUUCGCCAUUAAUUGAAGUUAAUCAAAAUCUGUAUCGUUCUCGAGAAUACGUUUAUGUUAAAAUUGUAAAACAUUAUUUACGAUAUUUAGGAUAAGAUCGUAAUAUAUCCUUAAAAUCGAACGUUUCCAUAAGCGAACUUCCUAAGGAUAAGUUUCCUUCAAUUAAUUUACCUAAAAAUGCAAGUACAGAUCUGGUCCCAAGAAUAAGCAAAUAUCCCACCUAUAAAUACGUAUAAGAAAUAUUUGUUCCAACAGUAGAUCCAACUUUAAAUUGUUGAUAUCGAGAAUUCACUAUGUACGCGGUACUCUAAAAUAACAAUAUUAGAAAAAUCAUAAUAUUGUAAUUAGUGUAAUAUAAACAAAAAAAUUACGUUUAUUGAUCGAACUAUGCUAUGAAAGCAACCUAUGAUUGCAGCAAUGGUUAUCGCGAAUCAAGACCGUUAAAUGAAGACAUUUCAAUUUCCAUUGCAGUACAUUGCGCGAGUUGAAACCAUGAUCAAUGAUUAUUUCCUCACGACACGACUUUCUUCUCAAAAUUCGCGCCCUGAAACAAUUUUUUAUGGCUUUGAUGGGUGGACGAGCUCACAGCCCACCUGGUGUUAAGUGGUUAUUAGCGCCCAUAGACAUCUAUAACGUAAAUGUGCCACCCACCUUGAGAUAUAAGUUCUAAGGUUUCAAGUAUAGUUACAACGGCUGCCCCACCCUUCAAGCCGAAAUGCAUUACUGCUUCACGGCAGAAAUAGGCAGGGCGCCUAUUGCCUUACAUCCGGCAAUAAUGACACUAUAAGCGGCUUUUGGAGUAGGUACCAUCUGGCCAACAAACAAACGGCGCGUUACCAACGAUUUAUAGCUUUUAAAAUCGCUCAAACCUUUAUCCGAUUACGUUAAUGCUUACUAGAACAAUAUUUAUUUACGUAAUGACGUUUUGCGUAAUAAAUUAUAUUCGAUAAAUACUUGCACAAUAUUGUUUGAUUCGAUUUGUGCUGACCUGGUAGAUGGACUAUGGUCUGGUGAGGUUAUUCAUACCUAAUCUAUGCAUAUAAAUAAAAUUGGAGUGUCUGUUUGUAAUAUCGAAAUAGCCUCUUUUUACUACAUGCAUAUGAAUAUAUAUUUACGGUACAUACAACAAAAUAACAUUUUUUACAAUUUAUGUCUGUCUGUCCGUCUGUCUGUUUGUUCCGGCUAAUCUCUGGAACGGCUGGACCGAUUUUGACGGGACUUUCACUGACAGAUAGUUUAUGAUAUAAGAAGUAACUUGGGCUACUUUUUUUAGACUAGCUUCGCCCCGCGGCGUCACCUGCGGUACGACAAUAAUUGCGGGUAACAUCGCGGGACUCAACUAUCAAUAAUAAAAUUUAAUGUUUCCAAAGCGAAGCGAGGGCGGGUCUCUAGUUGUACAUAAAUUAUUUACAGUAUUAACAUUUUAAAGAGGUAAAUUUUUUUGAGUUAUUAUUACAUUCGCAAGUUUUAAUAAGUACAGUUUUUAGUGAUGGUUACUUUAAAUAGACGCGUCAUUUGUGGAAUCAAAAUUUUAACAUAAAAGAAAUAUGUUUCUUGAUAUCUAAUACAUAAUAUUAUGUACAUAUUGUUUUUGUUAUUGCUUAGAUGUGUGGACGAGUUUACAGCCCACCUGGAGUUAAGUGGUUACUGUAGCCCAUAGACAUCUACAACGUAAAUGCGCCAUCCACCUUGAGAUAUAAGUAUAUAAGUUCUAAGGUCUCAGUAUAGUUACAACGGCUGCCCCACCCUUCAAACCGAGUGAAGUUUAUGAUCUACGGUUCUAUGAAUUGAAGAUUAGGACGAAGUUCCUGUUUAAAUUAAAAUUAUAGCAUUAUUAGACAGGCCGUGAACUAUCGCCCGUGCAUGCAAAAAAGUGAAGCCGUGAUAUACCUAUAGUAACCACAUUAAAACACUAAUAGGAUUGUUAUCUCACCUUAUUUUAUAGAGAUUAAAUCGAUUAAUCGAUUUAGUUAUAUUUUUUUAAUUUCAGAAUCGAGAAACAAUUAAUUUUUUUGAGUAUCUAAAUAAACCUACUAUUUAUAAGCAGGUUUGAAAUUUUUUUUUUGUUGAUUUGAAACGCGAAACAUAAAUGUCAUAGCUGAUAUCUUCAAAAAGCAAUCAUCUAUGAAGACACAUCCCUUAAUCCGAAAGGCAUGGCUUGCUUUGUGUUUGACACUGACAGAACGUACCGAUGAACUCAACAUUUAUUAAAUUAUUCCAUCAUAAAAUUGUCUUAAAUUCGACAAAAUCUUUAUGGUACUUCAUACCAUCAGGCACAAUUCGAACUACCAAUAUUUCCAGGGAUUUGUGUUUAUCGAUCACUGUUAUUGUACUAAGUAAGUAAUAGUUUAUAUCUAUCUUAAAUAUACGACGAUUCAUAAUACAACAUAACCUCAGUACUGCCAUAUUAGGGUUAAGUAAAUUAAUGUUUCUGUAAAUAACGAUUAUAAUAAUUGAAACUACGAAAUACGUAUGUCAACGUGCCUCUGACUUUAUUGCGUCAGACGUUUGUAAAUUUAUAACAAAAUAAAGAUGUUAGAUUCAGAACGAAAAGCAUAAGCGGUGUUUCCCGAGCCCUAUGACAUGUCCUUCUUCAAACGAGGCUUGUGGAGAGUAUUAAACGGUAGGCAGCGGCUUGGCUCUGCCUUGGCCUGGCAUUGCUGAAGUCCAUGGGCGAUGGUAACCACUCACCAUCAGGUGGGCCUUAUGCUCAUCCGCCUACAAGGGCAAUAAAAAAAAUAAUUAAUAAAUCAUAUAAUUUGUAGUUUCUUAUUGAAUUAUGUCCACGAUGUGAUGUCUUUUUGUGGCAACAUCUCCGGCACCGAGAUUAAUUUAAUCCAGUACACCUAAGCCGGGUUUUUAUAGUUGUAACAUUUUAUCUUUUCUGAUAAAAACGUGCAUCGGCGCGUGAGUAACUCGAAGCCUAAAGAACUUCGUUUAAAAAAUAAAAAGAAAUAUUACUAUUCGCACAUACGGUACUAUAAAGUCACGCAAUUUUUGUUAACACUGAAUUGAGUAUAGAAAAUACAUUUUUUAAUAGUUAUUAGUGAGACAAGAGAAAUGUUUGCUUUUACUGAUGAAGUUUAAAGUUGUAGUUUAAAUAUUAUUUUAUUUCUAUAGUCUAGCAGAACUAUAAUAUAUAAUAAGACUAGCUGACCCGGCAGACUUCGCAGUGCCCCAAUCGAUAAAAAAAAACCUAAGCUUUUGUAUAAAAUUAAUUUAAAACAAACAAGAGGAAUCCGUCCGACGGUGGACACAUAAAAGGAAAAAGAAAAUUGUUAUUUUUAUUUAAUUCCGAGCAUUUUCAUAUUUAUCUACCUUUUAUAACCUCUGGACUUCCACAAAUAAUUCAAGAUCAAAAUUAGCCAAAUCGGUCCAGCCGUUCUCGAGUUUUAGCGAGACUGACGAACAGCAAUUCAUUUUUAUAUAUAUAUAUAUAGAUGUUAAAUUUUCCAACGUUUCUCAUGAAAAAUUCUAUAAUUUGCAUAAGUGACGUUAUCGCACCGGUAUGUGCGUACUAUAAAAGAACUAUUCUUUUUUUUUUUUUAUUGCCCUUGUAGGCAGACGAGCAUACGGCCCACCUGAUGGUGAGUGGUUACCGUCGCCCAUGGACUUCAGCAAUGCCAGGGGCAGAGCCAAGCCGCUGCCUACCGCUUAAUACUCUCCACAAGCCUCGUUUGAAGAAGGACAUGUCAUAGCGCUCGGGAAACACCGUGGAGAGGAGCUCAUUCCAUAGCCGGAGGUGUUCCAUAUUCGAGGUGUGUGUUCAUUUGUUUCUUAUUGCUUAGACUAAUGACUGAGCUCUCUUAGUAACAAUUAAGCGGUAACAGGAUACCCAAAAUGUAACGUGGUUGCCUCCACUCACCUUGAGUCAUGAGGUUCAAUUCUCAGCCCGCUGUCCGAUUGCUCUAUCCGGAACGCGUGACCGCAUACCGGAAGGACACAGCAAAAAUAAAAUCUAUAAUAUAAUCCUGAAACGAAUUGUUCUGAAUGGUCCGACAACUGUAAUUUCAAAAGCAUGGACUUGUUUAAAGUCGCCGGCCUUAAUUUCAUUGCUUAAAGCAGUGAAGAGCUUUUUCAAAGUGCACCAGAUGCCUUCAGAUGGUGGUCUUGAAACAGGUUCCUAGGCGAUUUACUAUUAGGACUGAAAAUAUCUAUUUAGUUUUGUGAAUAAUUGAUGUUGUGUAGAAAGCUUAAUAUAAAUAUGUAUUACGCAUGGUUCAUAGUCAUAGUCGAACUUGCAAUUAUUGUAUAAUUGUGAAGUAAUAAUCGAUUAUCGAUUGACAUAUUUUUGUUCAUUUUGUUUGUUUCAAUAAAUAAAAGAAUGCUUUUCGUUAAUUUAAAAAAACGACCAUUGUUGUUUAUUAUAUUUUGUAUCAAAGAAAAAACUCUACUAUGCAUUCAUUUAGUAUAUAUACAUUUUUGUAAGUGUGUAUCAAGUUGAAAACAUAGAAGAAAGUGCCAAAAUGAAGACUAAUGUCAAUUAAAGAAAUAAUAAGGAAUGACCGUUUUUCUGACAGUUUUUUAUACAUACUUGCAUUUUACACGAGAACAUAACAUUUAUACCAAUUGUAACGUAUUAUAUUUACAUAUAAUAUAUAUUACAGGAUACCGAAAUUAGAUUGUUGAAUGAAACUAUAAUGUAUUAAUCAAAAAAACAAUCAAGAAACAUUUAAAAGAAUUCAAAACAACAAGAGAACAUAAUUUCCACUGUUCUAGCAUAAUAAAAAGUAUGUACAUUUUUCGUCAGCAUUUUAAUAAGACUACAUUAAAAAUGUCAGUCACACGUAUGCAUCAAUUACGUUCGAGUUCUUGGCUCUCAUUUAAAAAAUCUCAAAUUGUAAUGACACCGUUAUUUCAAACCUUAUUAUCUAUACGUUAACUUUACGUUUUUAACACGAUUUUUAAGUUUGUCCUGUAUCACAUAGACCUUUAUUAAACAGGUCAAACACUCUGACACAUACAAUUCUCAUGUAAAAAGAUGUUUCAAACGUAAUUUUGACCAGUUUCAAGUCGUCCGAUUAACUUGAAAAUUUGUAAGCGGAUAAUAAAUUUAUUACUCCGUCUCAAUAUUUCCCCUAGGAUUAUCAGAAAAAAAAAAUCGAUUUGUUGCCCAAGCGUGCUUUUGUAGUAUUUAUACUACUUUAAUUUAAACUGAGGCGAAACGAGUUAAAUGAUUGCCAUUAAACUCAUGUAUUACAUAUUAUUUAAUCAUCUUGAUUAAAGGGAACACAAAUUUAAAACUGCCAAGUAAAUUUUCAAAAACUCACUGAACGCAACAACAUUAUUCGUGACGUCAUCAUCAUCAUCAUCAACAGCCCACAGUCGUCCACUGCUGGACAUAGGCCUCUCCCAAUCUACACCACUGAGCCCGGUCUGCUGCUCUCCUCAUCCACUUCUUGCCGGCCACCGUGCGGAGGUCAUCGCACCAUCUAGCCAGGGGGCGUCACGUGACGUCAUUUGGGGCCAAAAAGCAUAAAGCGCCGUGAUUAUAUUCACUGUUAUAAAAUGCAAAUCAUUAAUAUUUCAAAAUACUGAAUAACUACUAAUUGGAUUGUUUUAGUUAGCAUUCUGCUUUACCUUGCGGGCUGCUGAUUACGCCACACACCCAUGAAUAACAAAUUAAUUCGAAGCUAAAGAUUUUGUUGCAUAUAUUUCUUGAUUUAAUUUUAGUUUAAUGUCAGAUGUUUAAGAAAUACCCACAAAGGCUGGAGUUGAUUUAAUUCGCGAUGUUACAUCAAUCCGAAUUUGAAAUAAAUCUUGUGGAGCCAUUAAAAAGGCAUGUCUUUGUAUUUUCAACUUUCAUAUUGUUCAAUGCACACACAAUAUCUUAAAUAUAACUUAUAAAUAAAAAACUUAGCAAAAUGAUUGUACUUUAUACGAAUGUUUUAUCUAAUGUAUUGUAUUAUAUAAUUGAACCUUUAAAGUCGAGUUCAAAUUGUACAUUUGUAAAUAUCGUAAUACUUUAGAAAUGUGAAUAUAUGAGUGAUUAUUAUAAAA